AUGGCACGUUUUUUCUCAGGCUCGUUUCCAUCAGAGGCACUAUUAAUUAAAGAAGGCGAUAUUCUGGAAGGUCGGUGGGUGGUUGGCAUUAUUCUUGGGUCAGGAAAUUUUGGAGCAGUGUAUGAAGUAAGAGAUAAGCAUACGAAUUUGCGUCGUGCUCUAAAAAUCGGAUCAAAGACAGGUGGAUAUAUGUCGUUAGAAACAGAAACUUAUAUUUUAAAAGCACUUAGUAAGAAGCAAAAAAAGCACACAUGUGAAUACGUCACUAGUGGCAAGUUCCGAGACCUCAGAUACUUGAUUAUGUCCAUAGCUGGGCGAAAUUUGGCAGAUCUUAAGCGGGCAGUUCUUGAGCACAGGUUUUCUCUGAACACCACAGUUCGUUUAGGAAUUCAGUGUAUUGAAGCGAUAAAAGAAAUCCACGAGAUCGGAUUCGUUCAUCGUGACAUAAAGCCAACGAACUUUGCCAUAGGAAUUUCCGGAGAGGACGCGCGAAAUGUGUACAUUUUGGAUUUUGGGUUGGCCCGUCGCUACAGAGCAAAAGAUUCGCAACUGGUUCCGGCACGAAAGCGAGUGACAUUCAGAGGAACGGUGCGAUAUGCGUCUGUCAACGCCCACCAUCACAGAGACCUUGGACCUUGUGAUGAUCUGUGGAGCAUGCUUUACAUGUUGAUUGAAUUUCGUCUGUGCCGCUUGCCAUGGCAGCAUAUGAACAACGAGAAGGAUGUUGGCGAACUGAAAGACCACAUGAAAGCAAAGGAGCUGCUGCGCGACCUACCGGCGGAAUUCUACCUCAUCUACCAUGCACUGGUAUACAUGAAAUAUGAGGAUACCCCAGAUUAUGAAUGGUUUAUUGACAAGUUGAAAGGUGUGAUGAAGGCCCGUGGUUAUAAUCAACAAUCGCCAUACGAUUGGGAAGAAGGGGGCGACAGCUAUCGACAUACAUUGAAAGUACCAAUACCAGAGUAUCCGUACGCAAGUCAAAUUGCUGCUGCCGAAGAUGUCCAACGCGAUUCAAGCAGUAACAGUGAAUAA